CUAAAUUUACACUCCCUUUCCCGCACCCUCCUUCUCCGCAGCCCCCUUCCUCUCAUCCCACACCAUUGUUGUUAUUGUUGGCAUUGCCUUCUUCUCGCCACAUGACAAGAGCCCCGGAUUGAACAAGCUCCAAGCACGGCCUCAGCUUAAAAAGGUUACCAAUGUUGCUGUUGUUGUUGUUGCCGCAUAUGCUAUUGAAGAAGGUUACCAAUGUUGCUGUUGUUGUUGUUGCCGCAUAUGCUACUGAAGAAGGUGGUGGAAUGGACGGUGAACGCGUACGGACAAAUGGACAUCAUGUUCAGCAAUGUUGGCAUCCUUAGCCCCUCCGAGCAGACCGUGGAGGACCUCGACAUGUCCCAACUGGACAAGGUUUUGGCGCUCAACGUGCGCGGCAUGGCGGCAUGCGUGAAACACGCGGCGCGUGCCAUGGUGGAGAGGCGCGUGAGGGGGAGCAUUGUGUGCACGGGGAGCGUGGGUGGCAGCCACGGUGGACCAUCGGUGACGGACUACAUCAUGUCGAAGCACGCGGUGUUGGGGCUGAUGCGUUCGGCGAGUUUGCAGCUUGCGGAGCACGGGAUAAGGGUGAACUGCAUCUCAUCGAAUGGGUUGGCGACGUCGUUGACUUGCAAACGGCGAGGGAUGAGCGAGGAGGAGAUGCAAGAGGCUUACCGGAAAUUCGCCAGACUGCAAGGAGUGCUGCUCACUCCCAAACACGUGGCAGACGCCGUCUUGUUUCUCGUUUCUGAUGAUUCUGCCUUUGUCACUGGCCUUGAUCUUAGGGUCGAAUGGGACAAACCCGGGACAGCCUCCUUGAAGAGGAAAUCCGAGGUUAGGGUUCUGAGGAUGUCCAAAGGUGUGACCCCAUCCACGGUUCUCACAUUGGUCCAGCAGCACCGCCACCAUGUCCGGCGACACCAUCUCCGCCGCAAUGUGGAGCGGCGUCUUCCUGGCGGGGCCAGAGGGGUAGUUCACGUCGGUUGCGCCGAGUUCAAGCAAGGCCUUCACCACUUCCCUGCUACAAUUCUCAAUCGCGUAGGAGGGGUGCGGGAAAGGGGGUAUGGAGUGCGGGAAAGGGGGUGCAGAGAACAGGGUUACGGAGAAGGGAGUGUAAAUUUAAGAAUUUUAUUUUUUUUAAGAGUAAUUUAGAUAUUUUAUAUAUAAAAGGAGGUAUAUUUAUACGAGAGUG